CAAAAAUAAACCCUACUUUUUCUCUCCUCCCCAUCUUCUUCUACCUCCCGUUUUUCAAAUCUCACAAAAAUCAAAACCCUAAAAAACAAAACAAAGAAAAACUCUCUGGAUCUGAAUCCAAAAACACAACCUCCUCAACAAUGGCGACACCAAGAGAAGAGAAUGUGUACAUGGCAAAACUAGCAGAACAAGCAGAGAGAUACGAAGAAAUGGUUGAAUUCAUGGAGAAAGUAACAAACAGCAUCGAAUCAGAAGAACUCACAGUUGAAGAAAGAAAUCUAUUAUCAGUAGCAUAUAAGAAUGUUAUUGGUGCUAGAAGAGCAUCAUGGAGAAUCAUAUCAUCUAUUGAACAGAAAGAAGAGAGCCGUGGUAAUGAAGAUCAUGUUAAUAUCAUCAGAGAUUACAGAUCUAAGAUUGAGACUGAAUUAACUGGUAUUUGUGAUGGUAUUUUGAAAUUACUCGAUUCUAGAUUGAUUCCAUCUGCUUCUGCUGGUGAUUCUAAGGUCUUUUAUUUGAAGAUGAAGGGUGAUUAUCAUCGUUAUCUUGCUGAGUUUAAAACUGGUCCUGAACGUAAAGAAGCUGCUGAAUCUACACUCUCCGCUUACAAAUCUGCUCAGGAUAUUGCCAUGACUGAGUUGGCACCAACUCACCCGAUCCGACUAGGACUUGCUCUUAACUUCUCUGUCUUCUAUUACGAGAUCUUGAACUCUCCUGAUCGUGCUUGUACUCUUGCUAAACAGGCAUUCGAUGAGGCAAUUGCUGAACUUGACACUCUAGGAGAGGAAUCCUACAAGGACAGUACUCUGAUAAUGCAGCUUCUUCGUGAUAACCUUACCCUGUGGACCUCCGACAUGCAGGAUGAUGGAGUGGAUGAAAUCAAAGAUGCAGCACCAGCACCAACUAAGGCUGAUGAAUGAGAAGCUUGCUUUAUGUUGUGGUUUUAAUUGUUUCUUUUUUUUUUCAAAAGAAGGUGCUGGAAUAUUAUCACCUAGCUAUCUCCAUGUAGUCGAGAUUGUUCAUUUUUUUUUUAUCUUUACCUUUUCCUUGUUUUACUGUUUUACCUGGAAGGUAAAUGGACCAUGUUUUAGUGUUUUAAGCUAAUGAAAUUGAUUUUCAUUUAUAAUUACCAA